AUGGGAUGGUUUGAUUCUCUAUUAGGGGCAGAUGGAAGAGAGAUUGUAAAAAGGAAAGACAAUGAUGCAGGCGAAGUAGGUAGAGCUUUGGAAGAGCUCAGAAGUUCCCUCUACAAUGAGCUUAGAACUUCAGAAGGAGCCAAGCGUCAACAGCAACGGUUUUGUGGACCUGUGGUGGCGAUGUCCUUUAAUUUCGUGGUUGCUGUUGGGAUUAUACCGACAAACAAAUUAGUGAUGGGGAAAGUUGGAUUCAAUUUCCCAAUCUUCCUAACUUUAAUAUAUUACUCCAUAGCAUGGAUCUUACUAGCAUUUUUCAAGGCAUUGUCAUUGCUUCCAGUUUCCCCUCCCUCUAAGACCACUCCUUCCUCUUCUCUCUUCUCUUAGCGGGCUAUAAUGGCUUUUGCCUCUGGCCUUGCCAAUAACAGCCUAAAGUAUAACAGUGUCGGUCUCUACCAAAUGGCUAAAAUUGCUGUCACUCCUACCAUUGUUCUUGCAGAAUUCGUUCUCUUCAGGAAAACCAUUUCUUUCAAAAAGGUUUUGGCUCUAGCAGUUGUCUCGGCAGGUGUAGCGGUAGCCACUGUAACAGAUUUAGAGUUCAACGCUUUUGGUGCAUUUAUGGCCAUUGCAUGGAUAAUCCCAAGUGCUAUAAACAAGAUUCUCUGGUCUAAUUUACAGCAAGAAGCCAACUGGACAGCACUUGCACUGAUGUGGAAGACAACCCGAAUCACAAUUUUCUUCUUAGUAGCCUUAAUGUCAUGGCUGGAUCCACCAGGGGUGCUAUUAUUCAAAUGGGAUCUAAACAAGUCAAGGGCAGUUCUCAUAUCAGCUCCACUUGGCUUUCUCUUACAAUGGUGUGGUGCUCUGGCAUUAGGGUGAAUGGACUGGACUGUAUUGAUCACUUUUCCCUAGACCCUGCUAUUUAAUAUAUGAACAAUGGAUAAUCAAGUUUCAGACACCAAUCUUUCCUUUUUGGUAGGACUUGCUUUGAAGCAACUAAUGGCAGGCUAAUAUUUUUCUUGUAGAGCAACUUCUGCAACCUUUCAUGUUGUAUUGGGACAAUUUAAAACUUGUGUGAUACUUUUGGGAGGAUAUCUACUAUUGGAAUCGGAUCCAGGGUUUGUGAGCCUUUGUGGAGCUGUUGCUGCUCCGUGGAAUGUCAGUUUACACAUCACUUAACUUGAAAGAGUCAAAUGAAAGUUCAAGUAAAACAGCUUCCAAUGCAAAAUCUUAAACCAAAGCCAAAAACCAGCGAAAAUGUCAAUGGAGAUUCAACAGUAACAAAUGCUACUGAUGCUGUGUAAAAAUGUAGAAAGAGAAGACAUGAGGGAAGGACCCUUACCACCAAUCAACCCUGUUUUUUCUUCAUUCUUCUGUAAUGCUCCAUCAGAGAUGGAAGAUUUCAGAAAUUGUAUAGACGAGUAAACAAUGACAGAAAUUUUGAUUUUUUUUCCCUUAGUAUUGAUGAUUCGUCCUGUUCGAAUUUCACAGGAAAUCAUUUGUAUCAUUGGGUAUUAAAGCCUUCCAGAGCAAUUUUAACUAUCCCUUCAAAGCUCAAACCCAAUCCAAUAGCUUA